AUGCUCACCCCAGAGGAGGUGGACCGAGUCACCAGUGAACUGGAGAAAUGCCUCGAUUCCGUCCAAAAAGGAACACUGGUUCCUCAUGAAGACCUCGCAGCCUUCCAUGGCCCAAAGACAAAGAGUGCAGGCGACCUCAUUAAUCACAGCGCUACAUUCCGCGAGCGCGUCAUUGAAAAUGACUUCAUUCACGACAUCUGCAGAUGA